AUGAACAAAAACGGAACAGCUAAAAUGAAUGAUAAUCAAAUAAGAGCCGAAGGUAGAAGGUUAUUUAAACGCUUCUAUAACAUUCCUGAUGGUGUUAAUCCUAAAACUCGUAGAAGUUAUUUAAAUGAAGCCAUAGAUGCAUAUGAAGGAUUUGACAUUUCAUCAGAAAGUGAGAGGUUAGCAAGAAUGUUAAACGUUAAUAUUGAUUUUUAUUAUUGUGACCCUCAACCAGAAGACGUAGACAUAAAUAAGGUAGACUUUCCAUUAGUGGAAUCAAUAAUGAUAGAUCCAGAAUUUGAAACAGUAAAUAUUUUAUUAACACAGAGUCCAUGUGGAAAACUUCACGCUGACAGAAUUACAGACGUUGAAGCACUCACAGGAUAUAAAGUUUGCCCCUUUUGCAAAGAAGAAGUAUAUUCUAUCCGUGAUGACCCAGAAAGGAAAAACCAAAGAAGAUUUUUAAAACAUUGUGAGAAAUGUAAAGAAAAUAAUGGAAGAUUAAUUCAAGACGUUCAAUUGCAAAACACACAACAACCAUAUGCACCACAUAUCACGAAACAGAAGAUAUAUCAAUGGCUAUUAGCUCACAAUUUGCAGGAAUAUUAUAAACCAACAAGAUAUUAUAUUACUUUUGACUUCGAAACAUUAGAGACUAAAGAAGAACUUCAACUUUCUGAAUGUGCAACUUUGAACGCUUACUUAAAACCAUUUAUGGUAUCAUCAACUGUCAAAAUAAAGCCGCAAACGGACUCUUUGAGUCCUGAAGGUCUUUCAGACCGAAGCGGCGAGGUCGUAGACCGUGAUAAAACAUUUACGAGGAAUUUUUGCUUAACAUCAAGUGAUUCGUUCAUCUCUGAUUGGAUUGAAUUUUUAUUUUCAACCUGUUCAUUAGUUGCUAAAUCAAAUAUUGAACAAUAUGAAGAAUUAAUGAAGCCGCAAACGGACCAAACGGCGGGGACUUUGUCCCAUACAUUAAAUGAAAAACAGAAGGAAGCAUUUAAAGAACUUCUAGAUGAGGAAUUCAAUAAAGUGAAUAUCAUAGGUUUUAAUUCGGGAAAGUUUGAUUUAAAUUUAAUUCUUCGUGAUUUAAACACUGCAAAAUGGAAAAUAAAAUCAAUGCUGGGUUCUUCUUCUCAAUUUAAGCAAAUCAUUGUAAAGAAAACAAACUGUCCAUAUGAAUUAAGAUUUAUUGACAUCAGAAAUUAUAUAGCGGGUGGAACAUUAGACCAAUUUACUCAAGAUUUCGGAAACAAUAAAUCACGUGUUAAAUCAUUCUUCCCAUAUCAAUUCAUCACAUGGGAGAAUUACGAAGAAGAAUUAUAUAAAAAGGAACCAUUCACGAAAGAUUCAUUUUAUUCAGCAUUAACACAAGAAACAAUAUCCGAUUCAGAUUAUCAAAUAUAUCUCAAUGAUGCUAAAAAUUUUGAGAAUAGAUUAGAAUAUUUUAUUCAUUAUUGCAAUAAAGAUGUUGAAAUUAUGAUUGACCCAAUUGAUAAAAUUAUUGAAGAAACAUUUGUUUAUAAAAUUGACAUGCUCCAUAAUCUUUCAUUAUCAUCGAAUGCAUCAAUGAUUCGUUACGCUUUAGCAUAUAAAGACUUUAAUCCUAACGAAACAUAUCCAGAAGAAGAAAAUGUGGAAUCAAGUUUUGAAUUAACGAAAAAGUAUUGGAAAUAUAAAAUUGAAUCAUAUAAGAAACAAGAUGAAAAAGCAGAAAGGGAUACUAAAAACAAUGUUUCAAUGGAUGACUAUCAAUACUAUCACGAUUUAAUCCUUUCAUCUAAAUGCAAAAUGUGUGGUAAAGCGUUUACAUAUGCAAAUAAACCAACAUUAGAUAGAAUCGAUAAUGAAAAACCACAUACCAAAGAAAAUUGUCAGUUAAUGUGUUGUUAUUGCAAUGUCGUAAAAUCAAAUAAAGAUGAGGAUGUUCAACGUUUAAGAAUUAAUUUAAGAAAUUAUACAUUAAAAAAUAAUUUACCAAUGACUUUAGAUUCGGUUGAAGCGUAUCACAUCCUCCGUAAUGGAAUUACUGGUGGUUUAUCAAAUGUUCAACAUAGAGUUAAUCUUAAAGGAAUCACACACAUUAAUAAACUUUCAUAUAAGCCAGAAACUAAAACUGUAUCAAAUGAGGACACCACCAACAUCAUGACUCAUUUCGUUGGUGUUGACUUUAAUUCAUUAUAUCCUUCAUCAUUUUCAUCUAAUCCUCAUGAUUUCAUUCAAUAUACUGACCAUAAAAUGUAUAUGCCGGGAAGAUUGAAUGGUGUUAUCAUUUGUGAUACAGCAACAAAGAAAGCAAAAGCACUGGGAAUUAUUAAGAAGAAAAAUACUUUAUUCGUGGCUGAAGUAAAGGGUCACAUUGAUGAAAAAUACAUUAAUGAUUACAUAAACUUUUUACCAAUAAUAAGAAACUUAGAUAUUAUCACAGAUGAAAAAACAAUUGGUGGUUUUAUGUAUAAUUACAUGAAAUCAAACAAUCUACCGGUUGACCAGAAACAGAGAAAAUUAACUCAGUUAGCAUCAACACACAACCAAUAUCAACCAUUUUCUUCUUAUUAUCUUUGGUAUCUAAUAGACAGAUUUCAUUUUAUCAUCGAUGAUAUUCAAUCAAUUUUAACAUUUACGAAAAACACUUGUUUUAAUGAAUUUGCGAACGAAUUUAUGAACGAAAGACAAAAGGCUGAAUUAGAAGGAAAUAAAGGAAAAAGUUUAUUUUGCAAGAUUUCACUUAAUGGAUCAUAUGGUUACGAUGCAAUGAAUACACAAAAUUACGCAAAGACUAAAAUAAUGAAUGCACAGAAGGCACGCGUUGCAUGUAUGUCAAAUAAGUUUAAAAACAUAAGAGAAAUAGGUGAAGAUACGUAUCAAGUGAUGCUUAAAGAUAGAUUUUAUAGAUGUGAUACAUGUUUACAAGAGGCAUUCUUCACUUUAGAUAAUGCUAAAUACUGGUAUUUGGUUUUCAUUUAUGAUUUUAUGUAUAAAUGCAUGGAUAUUAAUCGUUUUCAUUUCAUUGAAGGUGAUACUGAUUCAUCUUAUUGGGCAAUCGCUGGCGAUCCAAGUCUUCCUAACACUCAAGCAUUUCAAGCAAUUGUUACUGAUAAACAAUUUUAUGAUAAAAACAUUUACAAAUUCGCACCUUUUGAUUUCUUUUGUUUUAAUGAGAAAUUUAAACCUAAAUUAAAGAAUAAAGCUGAAGAAAAAGCACAUGAGAAAAAAUUAUUGGGUUUAGCAAUUGAGAAACAAGGUGAUAACAUGGUUGCUUUAUGUCCUAAGUGUUAUACAUCAUUCAACGGUUCAAUUGAUGGAAGUGAUUUUAAAAAGAUUGCACAAAAAAUGAAAGGUGUUAGUUUAAGACAAAAUAAACAAUUAACACCUAAAAAUUAUUUGGAUAUAAUAAAUGAUAAAGUGAUAUUUGAUGGUCAGAAUAUUAAUUUACAACUUAAAAAUGGGUCAAUGACUCGCUUAACAAUUGGUAAGACUGCAUUAACAGGAGCACACACUAAGGCUGUAUGUUGUGAAAAUGGAUGUUGUAUGCCAUUUAUUUAA